AUGGAAAACACCAACAACAAUAACAACAACAACAACAACAACAACAACAACAACAACAACAACAACGAGGAUGAUGAUGAACCAGAAGAUCCCGGUACAGAGAUAGGUUUUGUACUUGAUGGAUCUACAAGCAUAAUGUCGGCGGAUUUUGAGAGAGCUAAAAACUUCAUAUCCAUGGUGAUGACCAAAGUCUGGUCGAAAUGCUUCAACUGUGAUUUUGCUGUGGUUCAGUAUGGAUCACACAUCAGGUCUGAGCUUUUACUUAAAGAGAGUAUGGAGAAUGGUACAAAAGCUGUUGAGAAGGUCAAAAACAUCAAACAAAUUAUGAAUGCAACGGUUACAGCUUCAGCCAUACAAUAUUUGUUAAAUUACACCUUCGUGCCUGAAAAUGGAUCAAAACCAGAUGCCAAGAAAAUAAUGAUUUUGCUGUCAGAUGGGGAAAUCUCGUACUGGGAUAAAAAGGAUCAUCUAGAGAAUACACUGAGGAUGCUCACUGAAAUGAAUAUUAAAAGAUUUGCCAUUGGGGUUGGAGAAAUUAAAAACAAGACAACAAGUCAAGAAGAGAUGAAAAGCAUCACUGCAAAUGAAAAGAACCUCUUCUGGGUUGAUGACUACAAAGCUUUGGAUCAUAUUCUUGCUCAACUGGAAACUAGCCUCAUCAGUGGAAUUGAAGGAAUAAAGCAAGGGGACAGCUUUAAAUUCCAACUCUCAGAGGCUGGAUUUAGCAGUCACAUGGCUCCUGAUAGCUCUGUCCUAUUUGGGGCGGUUGGAGCAUAUGACUGGAGUGGGGGAGUGAUCCUCAAAUCCACCCUGCAGAAAAAUGCAAUUUUCUUACAGGGGAACUCCUCGGGACAAAGGUUCUCUUACUUAGGCUACAGUGUGUUGUCAGCUACAGGCUCCUCUGGGAUUCUCUACAUCUCAGGGGCCCCCCGUUACUAUCUGACAGGGGGGGUAUUUGUCUUCGAGGCAAACACACAGACACAACUUCAGAUUCUACACGGUGAUCAGGUUGGCUCAUAUUUUGGCUCAGUAUUAUGUGCUUUAGACAUUGACCAGAACGGGGUGACAGACUAUCUGCUCAUAGGAGCAUCAUCAUUCCACCAAAGUGGGGAGGAGGGCAGAGUAUAUGUCUACAAACUUGAGCAGAAACUGUUCAGAGAGGAGGACUUUAAGUGGCAAGGUUUGGAUAAAUAUGUUUUUGCCAGAUUUGGGGCAGCCAUUGCUGAUGUUGGAGAUCUGGAUGGGGAUAAGUACAAUGAUGUGGCUGUUGGUGCACCACUGGAGGAGGAUGGAUGGCCUGAAAGCUCUGGAAGUAUUUAUAUCUACAACGGAGCACAAGGGAAGCUUCAUAAACACUUCUCACAGAGAAUCUCCCCUGCGGAAAUCAGCAUGAAGCUUCGCCAUUUUGGUCGGUCCAUCAGCACUUUUUCGACCAAAAAAGACAAUCAAAGACAGCGUUAUAUCGGUGUUGGGAGCAAAAGCACAGUAACUGUCCUAGAAACUCUUCCAGUCAUUGUUUUCAAACCUCACCUAACCCUGAAUCCAGAUAAUAUUCCUCUUCAAUGGCAGCUAAACCAAAACACCAAGCCAGUCACCCUGAAAAUCUGUCUCAAUACCCAACGGGGAGCUAUUGCUAAUAGGGAAGAACUUCAAAUCCCAUACAGCAUUCAUCUGGAUAUAGGUCAAAACAAAAAACGACUCAGUUUUGACAACAAAGCAGACAAAGAGGGAAACUUGACCGUUCUUUUUGAUCAGGACUGCCUUGGCUCUUCCAUCCCUCUGAGUUUUGUGGGCUGCUAUGAUUGUCAUUCACCCAUCAUAGUGCGGUUUACCUUCUCGUUACCCUUGCCAGUCACUGGUAAACCUCUUCGGAUUUUGGAUGCCCUCACGCCAAAUGAAACUAUGGGAAAGAUAGAAUUUGAGAGAGAGUGUGCCAUAAGCAACAAAUGUGUUGAAAAGAUAUCCCUGUCUCAGACGAGGCUUAGUGACAAAUUUCUUGUCAUCGGGUCAACUGAGAGCAUAGAAAUAUCCUUCAACCUGACCAACAGUGGGGAUGGAGCCUACAUGACGAUGCUGGUUCUGACAUACCCUCGUGUCCUUCAGUAUAGCCAUAUGACAUCGAAUUCAAUGACGCUUAGGGGCUCAGCAUGUGAAAAUGAAUUGAAAGAGUCAUAUUCCCACCUUAAGUGUCACCUUCUGCAUCCAGUCUUCAAGAGAGGGGAACGGCUGGUGGACACAAAGUCGGACAUGCUGGACGGCAACAUCAUGGCAAAUUUAACAUGUGAGAAUCGUGGCACCCGGGAGCUGGACAACCAGACAUACCACUUUAGGAUUAGGAAUGCUUUGAAAGUCCAAGUAGCAGGGGAAGUCAACACAAAAUCAGUGAAAUUUACAGACGAAGUUGAGAAAAAAGACAUCCAAUAUACAUUCAAGCUGCUUGGGGAGAACAAAUACAACGCAACUUUAAAUGUUAGCAUUGGCAUAUGGCUACCAGCCCAGCACACUGACAUAAUCAUAACUCACGUGGAGCCCAAGGGGUCAUCUGACACUAUAAGUGCCACAGCUAGUGUGGGCUUUGAUAAGGAACAGUACCAACUUCUAGGCACAGAAAUGACAUCAUCACAGGUGGAAGUUAUAAUACUUAAACAGCAUGUAGUGAAAUCCAUGUCAGCAGUUAUUGGUGGCUCUAUAGGCGGUAUAUUGUUCCUGGGAAUUUUCAUUGUCAUCCUUAUCAAGUGUGGCUUUUUUAAGAGACGUGAUCCACAUGAGCCAUCAACAAUUUCAGACUGA